AGGUGUGCAUAGUGAGCUCGCUGUGUGUAUCCACAGUUCUUUUUAUGAAGCGAAGACCUCAUCAUCACUAUUAAAACUUUAUGUGCGCGCGCGUUCGUGUGUGUGUGUGUGUGUGAGAGAGAGAGAGAGAGAGAGCGAGAGAGAGAGAGAGAGAGAGAGAGAGACGAAGGAGUGUUAAGGGAGUGAGAGGAGAUUACCGUCGCUUAAGCUGCGUCCGUCUCACCCGUCUGCAUCUCGCGCGCUCACCUGCUCUGGGACUUUAUCAAACGCACCUUUUUAUUUCUAAUGGGGAUCUUAAGCCGUGCUCCUCGUGCUGUCUGAACCUGCCAGAUGAUAUGGAUUAAGUGACUUCCUCACUGUCUGAGGAAGGUUCCGCUUUUUUGCGGGUCUUUUCGAAGUUGUUCCACGUCCAGGUCGGUCGGGACGGCCCGCCCUGCGCUCAGGAGGGGAUUACCGAGAGGAUACCCGCUACUCAGUAAGGAGAUGAAGACAAGUCACCCUGGUCCUCUUCAGCAGAGCAAUGGACAGACGGAGAGAAGAGCGGGGCUGUAAUUGGUGCCUUCAUGGAGCCCUGAUACACAGGGCAGAGAGUAGGUAAAUGGAGGUGCAGGACAGGAGCCGCUCCCCAUCCCGUAGGACCAGCCGGGUGGAACAGGUGGUGGGACGAUGGCUGAGACGGUCCAGAGACUUAGGCAGCAGGUCUCACUCGCUGACCAGAGACCGGGCUGCAGUGGAUGGAAAGACAGCAGAGUCCAGUGGCUCUGAUCAGAGGAAUUACCCCUUCCGCUUUAAUGUUCAGAUUCAACGCGACCCAAUCCUUAACUCUCAUGGCCUCACUCUCUCAUCCCAAACCCCGAUCCUGGUACAAGAUAUCACCCCAGGUGGUCCUGCAGAUGGUCGGCUCGUCCCUGGCGACCAGCUUGUGAAGAUCAAUAACAUCGCUGUGGAUGACCUGACCCCGGAGCAAGCUGCUGAAAUAAUCAGGGAGUGUCAAGAUACAUUGACGAUGACGGUCCUCAGAACAAUGCUGGGCCCAAAGUCAUCAUUCAUCACACCAGAGAAGAGGGCCAAACUCAGGUCCAACCCUGUCAAAGUUCACUUUGCUGAGGAGGUGGAAGUCAAUGGACACUCUCAGGGUAACUCGCUGCUCUUCCUGCCCAACGUUCUGAAGGUUUAUCUGGAGAACGGGCAGACUAAGGCCUUCAAAUUUGAACCCAGCACCACAGUCAAGGACAUUGUGAUGACUCUGAAGGAAAAGCUUUCUCUGAGCCGUAUUGAACAUUUCUCCCUGGUGCUGGAGCAGCAGCACAGCAUCAGCAAACUACUGCUGCUACACGAUGAGGAGAGGAUACAGCAGGUGGUCCAGAAGAAAGAGGCCCAUGACUACAGGUGUCUGUUCCGUGUUUGUUUUAUGCCCAAAAACCUCCAGACUCUGCUGCAGGAGGAUCCCACAGCCUUCGAAUACCUCUACCUGCAGGGGGUGAAUGAUGUGCUACAGGAGCGCUUUGCAGUAGAGAUGAGAUGCAACACCGCCUUGAGACUUGCUGCUCUGCACAUCCAGGAGAGACUGGCUAGCUGUGGACAGUCACCAAAGACCAACCUGAAGAUCAUCACGAAGACGUGGGGCAUAGAGAACUUUGUGUCAUCCACAUUGUUGAGAAACAUGCGAGAGAAAGACCUGAGGAAGGCCAUCAGCUACCACAUGAAGAAGAGCCAGUCCCAGCACGAUCCCAAGCAGAAGGGCCUGUCAGUUGACCAGGCACGGAUAAACUACCUGGAGGAGCUUGGCGAUCUCAAGUCCUUUGGAGGAAAAUCCUUCAGUGCCACCAUGAUGCUCCAGGACAGGGAGUCAAUGGUAACCCUGCUGGUGGGGGCACGGUACGGGGUGAGUCAGGUGGUCAACUACAAGCUUAGCAUCCUGUCCACCCUUACAGAGUUCACCAGCAUCACACGCAUCGAGCUGCUGCCUGAAUCAGACAAGGUCAGCCUGGUGAAAAUAUACCUGCAGGACAUCAAGCCAAUCACGUUACUGCUGGAGUCAGUGGCAGCCAAAGAUAUGUCCUGCCUAAUAGCUGGUUACUGUCGAGUGUUUGUUGACCCCAAUCUCAACAUCUUCCCUUGGAUCGAUGACUCCAAGAAGCACAGAGUGUCUGCUGAGGAAGGUUACGUGUCCAGGUGUGGCAGUGACUCAGAUGACUCCUCAGACCUGGACAUGGAACCACUAGUCACCCUGGUGUGCCCCACUGAGAAGCCCUGUCCUCGUGUCAGAUCCUCGUCAGACCCAGAUGGAAGAAAAAGAAAAGACAAAGACAGAAGGAGAAACAAAGAUGGCAAAGAAAAGGAAGAUAAAUCCUUCGAGGAUAAAAAACAAAAGGAAGAAAAGGAUGCUGACACUGAAAAGGAAAAGUCUCCGCUAGAGAAGACAGGGAGAAGAGAGGGUGAGAAUGAAGACACCAAGCACAAGGAGGAGAUGGAGAGAGCACAGGAUGGUGGACAGAUACAGAUUGAGAUCACAGACAAUGACUCAAGGGAACAACGGGAAAAAGUGGGAGAAGAGGGAAAGACUGGAGGUGGAGAACAGGUGCAAGCAGCAGAGGAGCACCCAUCUGUAUCAGAGGAUUCUUGUCAUACUGACUCUCGUGUCCUCACUAGCCCCUCCAGUGACUCCCUUGACGCUUUGGAGGAAGAUGAUUUACUGUCAUGUUCCUCCUCCUCUAACCACCGCAAUGCUCUCUCUCAAACUCAUCCUCACAUCCACUCUCUCCUUCAGCUCAAUCCUUAUUCUCAUAGGCACGUUGAGCCUCAUCUCCUCGCCCCUCCACCGCCUCAUUCCCACCCCCUCAUCCACUUCACAACUUACAACAGGGGAGGAGGAGGGGGCCGCAGGAGGUCAGGUGACGGAGCCGAUCCUCAACUCCUCGCACCCGUCUCCACCUCUCAGAGCCUUUGCCAAACACUAAAAUGUUCAACUAACCCCUGCUCCGAUGACAACUCCCUGUGCUUCGCCGAGCUCUCUCGCCUCGUGGAUUUCCUGCCGAGCCCCCCGGAGGCCAGCGAGGAUGAUGACGAUGAAGAGGAGGAGAUGAGGAGGAGGAGGAAGUUGUUUAAAGAAAUGGACCAAUCAGUGAGAAGAGGAGGCGAAGGAGGAAGUGUAAGCGGGGAGGGUGGCUUUAGAGAAUAUCCGUCAUCCCUCUCCCCAUCCUCCCCCUCCUCUCAGAUGGAGUUUGUGUUUAACUUUGACCAGAGCGACGCUCGCUGCUACUACAAGCUCUGCUCCAACAUCACUCCCGACAGCGCUCGCAGCCCUCCUCGUCCCCCUUAUCAUAAAGAAGAAAAGAAAUGGGAGGAAGUGGAAGGAGAUGUGGAUAAAGCUGUAGACCUGGAGCCAAUCCCAAUCCUCCAGCCACCCCCUGGCUUUGGAGACAGCAGCUCUGAUGAGGAGUUUUUUGACGCCAGAGAUCGUUUCACCUCACCUGAAGACCCAACCUCAGGGGCUGUGCCAAGAGAUAUCUGCACAGAGAUGAAGCUGGACUUCCUCAGCACACUCAGCCUCAGUGACAUCAGAAUCUGUGUGACAGAUGAAGACAACACUGGAAGAGCAGAAGAAGACAAAAAUGGAGGAGAUGAGGAAGGAGGAGGCAAAGAAACAUUGUUCCAGCUCAGAAAAAGAUCUCGCAAGCGUCGUUCCUUCAUGGAAACUGAUUAUACCUCUAUGGUGUCAUAUCCAGAACCAGAUCCAGAAUCAAAGCAGGACCUGGGUUCCAACAGGUUUCAUAAAAACCUUUUGGCAGAAGCCAGUGAUGCUCAGAUGCUGAGUUCAGAUCCUGAACCUUCAGAGCAAACCCAGAAUCCAAGCCCUACUGUCUCCUCCCUGACUCACUCUGAAGGGGAGCCGGCUCAGCUUGAGUCAAAACCCAUCCUGUCAAAAGCCCGCUCCCACGGACCAGGCUCUCCUCGUUUUGGGUCUCAUGAACAGACUAGAGACCCACAGCCCGCUUCCAGGACCAGGAAGCAAGAAAUGGAGAUGGAACCUGACGCAAUGGAGUCUAAAUCAGUCACAGAUCUGGUAAAGGCUGCAUCUCCUACCAUUACUGUUGUACGCUGCCGGGUGGAUCCAGAUGGGAAGGAGAGUGCUGAUAGGAGGGGUGAUGGAAAGGAGGAAGGAGAGGGACAAGAGGAGAUGGAUGAGGAGAAAGAGGAGGAAGAGAAGGAAGAGACAACAGGUGUGUCAGGGAACAGGCCAUUUACUAGUCAUAUGUUUUUACCAGAGAUUGCUGAGGAGGAAAGAAAGGGGAAAGACACAGGAGAAGAGAGGAUAGAAGGAGUGAGAGGGUACAGUUCACAGAGACCACUUAUAGGUGCUGAAACACAGUCAGAAGCCAACACACUGCCUACAUGUUUGAUAGAUAUGAACACAAAAGGUAGUAGUAAUGGCUUUUUGGGAUCUCAUUUAAUCACCCAAGAGUUAAACUCAUAUGUAGAGGAAAAUAUGCUUGAAGGUGUGUGUGACAAGUCAAGCCCACUGUCAUACUCACCACCACCCCCUCCACCCUCAUCCCCUCUACCUCCAAUACCAGCUUCUCACAAAUCCCAAAGCGACUGUUUGGUGAGGGAGGAAGAGGGAAGCAAAAACAUGGAAACCUUGACCAAACUGUCUUCAUCUCCUUCCAAGGAGAUGCCACUUAGCAAACAAAAUCACACUAACAAAGCACAAUUACAUUUAGAAGUCACAACCAGUGUUAAUGAAGAUGAAGCUAUUGGUGUUUUUAGUUCCACCAUGACUACUAGUGAUGAAGUUACUGACAGCACCAAUUCUGACAAUGUUUUCGAUGAUGAUGAGGUGAGUAAUUCCUUAAAUUCUGGUUCAAGUGACAAGAAAGAUGACUGGAAUUUGGCUACAAAGCUUAGCAUCAGAUCUAAUUCAGCCACAGCAGGUAAAGGAGAGUCACAAAUUAGUAUUAAGUCUGUAACCAACACUGAAGUUCACACAAGAAUUCAUUCAGUUAAUUCUGAUUAUACUCGUGCUAUAAACUCUAUCACAGCAAAGCUUGGAGCUGCAACCAGCAUCACAUCUCCAACAUUUAAUUCAGGUACUAAAAGCGAGGUGACACAUGAAAAUGCAUCAUACUCAAAUCAAAAUGUAGCUAUACCCAGCAGUGAUUCCACCGUGUCAAGUGUUGAGGCUAAAGAUAGUUUAGUUAGUCAAAGCUUAGUGAAGACUAACAUGGCCACCAUCUGUGAUCUCUCCAAAGAGCCUCCUUCUCCAACUCACUUCCUCUUCCAGACCUGUUCCCCCAGCAUCAUGGGCAGAUUAUCUGCCUCGACACUUAGGGGGAAGAUUCAAAAGUUACCCCUUUAUUUAUCACGCUCCCAGGAAACCCUUCACCAAGCUGAGGCGGAGAAUGUAGCCCAGAGUCCUGCUGAGGACAACAGUAGCAACAACGUUGAGAUUACCAUCCAAGUUACAGACGUUGAUGAUGUCACACAAACUAUAGAUUUUGAAAUGGGCACAACUAUAGAAACAUUGGAUUCGGAUGAUUCAGAUACAACAUUUACAGGAUCAGAGGUGGAUGGGGAGUUUUUUGUGGAAACAACCUCAGCAAAGAGUUUUCAUUCAAGUUCAGAAGUCAAGGAAGUAAACUCUCCACUUCCUGUCCAGACUGAACCCAAACACCAACAUCGAAAGCUUGUGUGUUCUGAACCUAUUAAGAACUCACCAGGACCAGUAACGGAGCCUCCAACCUCCAUAUUAAACCGCCUCCAAAGAGAUACUUCGGGCCUAACGAUGGACACUCCUGGCCCUAUAAAAGAUUCUCCAGAACCAAAUAUGGUCACUACCUCAGGUGAGGACAUUCCAGGUUACAAGAUGAGCAAUCCAUCACCUUCCAUUCCCCCUCCGAUAGUAGUGACCACACAGAAUUUAAAUAGGCCAGGACUUCCUUUUCAUAAUCAGACAGUGAGGCGGACCAGUAGUGACAGGCCUUUGAUGGGUCUUUGUAGGCCUUCAGAGCAGAAUUCAGACUCACCAAAAAUACUUUCCUCGGGCUGCAGAGUGUUUACAAUCUGUGAAGAUCCAUCUCAAACCAAGACACCAGUCGAGGUUGGGACUACCCCACCCUUGAAGCCUGAGUUUGGCUGCAGUUCUGUGCUAGCAUCUGGAUGCGAGUCUAUUGUGGAGGGGGUACAGGUACCAUUGGAUGCUUGUGGUUGCCCAACAGUCUACACCAACUGCUUCAGUGGUGGGGACAGCUUUGACGACGAGCUUACAGUCUACGAGUUCUCUUGCCGCACACAGAGCAGUGGUGUGACUCAGACUUCAGGAGCAGUUCUUCCUCUCAUCACCUCUCCACCUGUCCCCUCCUUUCUCUCCACCUCCUCCACCCACUCUCCCUCCUUUCCACGCUCCAUCCUCUUCUCCUCCUCUACCUCUGAGCUCAGCCCUCUCCUCUCACCGCUGUCCGACGCCUCUGACUGUUUCCUGUCUCAAACACACAAGGACACCAUCAAUCGGUUAGGUCAGCAGCGCUACCCGGAACCCCCAACAGGUUUCCAAGUACUCCGCGUAGAUGUGGAUCAGCUCCUGUCAAUUCUAGAAAGUAGCGGUAGUGAUCGUUCUAUGGAAGGUCUUGGAGGUCGCCACCCAAGGGACACCUGCCCAGCUCACUUUACAGAGAACAAGCGGGUGCUCCAGAUAGAGGCCCGGCGGCUGAUGUCAGGCUGCCAGAAGGUGGUGGGGAUUGGACAGAGCCCAGAAGAAAUGCUCCACUCCCUGGCAGACAGUUUCCGGACCCUGGUGGAAUUGGCUGGCAUAUGCCUUUGGUUCUCUGGUUGUGACAGGUGUGACCGAAGGAACGCAGAGGCAGUUGCAGGUCUUGCAGAUGUGGCCCGCUCAUUCAGGGACUUCUGUCUGGCAGCAGAGCGAGCCAGCAGCAAGCGCAGCUGCCAGGACCUGAGCACCAAGCUGCUCGCCAAACAGUGCACUGCGCUCACUGCCUCCGUCUUCUGCCUCACUCAGCUGUUCCGCACCCUCACUGCACUAUGAGCAGUCUACAGCCUCUGAAGAUUUUGAAAUGACCUUCAAGCAACCUGUGGUGUGUAACCUCAGAUAUAUGGGGUCACCAGUGAGCCCACAGCUGCGAUGUGGGGAAAAGUGUGACCUGAGACAGUCAGUGUGUUUAGAAAGGGCAGUAAAGCAGGAGAUGAGGUUAACUGGGAGCUGCACGACAGUUCAAAUGAUCACAAAAAUUCUCAAUAUCAUAGAGCCAGUUUGCACUUCUGUGCAAUUAAUAGGGCAGAGAUUGUUGAGGUGCAUGUGGUGACUGACUAUAUGCUGUGCACGUACUGUAGCCCACAAACCAGUCAGGCAACAACCAGGCUAUAGAGUGGUGCAAGCUGCAAGAGCAGAAUCUGCUUGCAUUCCAGUAUUGAGGAACUGAUGUACUUGAAUGUAUUCUAUGUUGUCUAUUAUAUUUAUUAAUUUAUUAUUUUAUCUAAUUGAUGAGUUAUUACAAUGUAUCUGAGCAAGCAAGGAAUGUAAAGAAAAGGAUGGAGGAAAUUUGUAAAUGUUUACAGGCGUACCUUUAGACAAAGGGUGCUGUGUGAGAGUAGUGGGCCUUUUACACACAUACACAAGCACACACACUCAUAUACAGAAAGUGAAUCAAUCUUUGAUAGAUCCAUUCAUACACAGGCCUUUUGUUUGACUGUUGGAUCGUGUUAACUUUUUUUGUCCUCUGGUCUUCUGAUAAGAAACACUGCAGUUUACUGAUGCUUAUAUACUGUGUCUUUAUAUUCUCCAGGCUGUCAGCAAGGACUUCUUUGAAUGUUACUGUUUACAAAACCAAAAACUACAGAGAGAAAUGAUUUGAUUAAAUCACAAAAAUCAAGUCUGAAGUUUGCUAUUUUAUAAUUCUAGUAGCAGAAUGCUGAUGCAUGCGCAUCAUAUGACUUUCUAAAAGAAUAAUUUGAAUGAGGUGCAAUCCUUUAGACAUUCAGUUUGCUGUUAUUUUGCACAGACAUUUGGUAUGAUUUAUCUAAUUAUAAUACAUUUGCUAGCUUUUCUCUCAUUGGUUUGUCAUCACUUGCUUUCUCCACCUCCAGUUGAAACACUUAACCCUCCAGUGCAUGGUGAUGUGGCUGUCAACCACUAAGUAAAGAUAGUCCAAACAGUGCAGGAAUCCCAUAUGCAGCAUUGUUGGCUAUCUGUAUGUUUUUGUAAGCCUUUGAUUGACAUACUGAGUGGGAGGGUGUCAGAAAACAUCCGCCAGACUGAUCCAAUCAUUGGUUGACAGCCUCUCGUCAGAGUUUUUGAACUCAAUGAGAAUAAGACACAUUGAUCACAAAACCAUGUACAACACUGAUUUACCUAAAGCUUAUUGCUGUGAAUAAGCUGUUGUGUUGGAGCAUUUUCACUUGGAAUGUUCACACUGUUUCACACUGGAUCUGCAUGUUCACUGGAGAAACUAAAGUUAUCAGAAUUAAUUUCACCAUUACAGUACUGGGAACACAACAUAUUGCAAACAGUGUUUCUAUUUAUACUUAUAAUGGCAAUUGAAACUCUUUUAUUUGUUAACUUGUAGUGUUUCAUUCCCUUUCGUUGUAAGAGAAUAUAAUUGCCUGUACUUUAUUCCCAAUUUCCUGCAGAAACUGAAUUACUUUUACCACAACAUCCAUGUGGAAAUUGCCCCCAAACAAAUGAUGUAAAAUCUUUUUUAAAAGCAUCAUCUGUGCUCACGAAGCAUGCUGUAAUAAGCCAUAAAAUGCAUUGUUGUUUCAUCAGGGAUUUUAUCUGUGAAUGACUGAAUGAUGACAUCUGCUCUUGCUUUGUAAUGCUCAACUGUCACCAUUAAAAACAAUGUCAAGA